AUGGAUGAUGGUAGAAUUAGUACAUUACCUGAUGGAAUACUUCAUCACAUUCUCUCUUUUCUUUCAAUAGAGGAAGCUGUUGCAACAAGUGCUCUUUCAAAGACAUGGAUGCCUCUCUGGCUUUCACUCACCAGCAUCAGCCUCAAACAUCGUGAGCGUCGGUUUAUUAAUAUAGAGGAAGAUGAGGGCUUUGAACUCUUCUCGUGGCGUUACUAUUAUGCCGUUCCUCGCUCCAUUUUCAGCUGCAGAGCCCUUGUUGUUCUCAAAUUGCUAGGGAGAUCUGUGAUAGACUCUAACAAUUUUGACUUUCCCUUGCUCAAGACCUUGCAUUUGAAUAAAGUUACCUUUUCUGAAGAUCGGCUUCUCGUGGCGCUUUUUAAUGGUUGUCCAAUUCUUGAGAAUUUGGAAGCACAUGAUAUAGAUAUCGAGCGUCGUGGUUUAUCUGAGGCUGAGUAUAAAAGCUUACCUAAGUUGGUGAGCGCAAGUAUCUCUGCAACGUGUUAUCCAAAUAUUCCUCUCAUAGCUUUAGCCAAUGUGGAGUUUCUUCGAGUAGAGAAGGUUUGA